AUGGCUCCAUUCACACGCCUCCACCCUCCGGAGAACCCAGAUAAGCAAUAUGCCAAUCAGAAAGAGCUUACACAUGUAUCCAUCGAAGAACUUCUUGAAUUAAGAAAGCUUCCAGUUUAUACACAAAACCAAAAAAUCGUCCAGGUCAUCUUUUUCAUUCUUAUUGGUAUUCCAAAGCUUCUCAUUGUUCUUCCAUACUUCCUUAUUGCAUUUUCAAGCUUCGCUCUCGCUUGCUUUGUUUGGCGUUUAAUCGGAAGACCAGAAGAUCUCAGAAAGAAGCUUCAAGCCUACUAUGCUGCUAUUGCCAGAAUCCUUUUGUUCAUUUUAGGCUACCACAAAGUUAACUAUCAUGGUGAACUUGAUACAGAUGCCAGAUUUUUGGUCUGCAACCACGUUACAUUCCUUGAUGGCUGGUUCUUCUUGUCAUUUGGCCCAAGACCACUUGCCAAGAAGGAACUUUUCUCAUGGCCAAUCGUUGGCGAUAUGCUUGAGGUCUUCGACGGCAUCCCAGUCGACCGUUCUAAGAACUCUGGCGUUUCCAAGAAGCUCAUUGACAACGCCCUUGACUCAGAAGCCCCACCAGCCAUGCUUGCCCCAGAAGGUGCUACAACAUCUGGUCUUUACAUGUUCAAGUUCCACUUGGGAGCAUUCCUUUCCGAUCUUCCAGUACAGCCAGUCGCUAUUCGUUACACAAUCUUCGGUUACCCAGCUGAUUGUUCCCAUCUUUCCUUCUUCCACCAUUCAUUAUGGCACCUUUUGAUCUUCCUUGGCAUUCCUCAUAUCCAGACAGAUAUUUACUUCUUCGAUUCAAUGUCAAUCAAGACAGAAGGAAAGAAUCAACCAUCAAUUUUUGCCGAACAAGUCGAAUUGAGAAUUGCUAACUUCCUCUGCGUUAAGGCAAUCGAUCAAACAAACUCUGCGAUCUUCAAGGAAAAGCCAAAGACAGAAGAGCAAAUUGCUAAAUAG